AUGGGUUUCACUUCAGUUCUUAUUACCGUCUGCAUUUCUUCUUCAUUCUUAACACUAAGUCAAGCAAACGAUUACCAAUGGAGUCAAGGGACGAAACAGUAUUCUGGCCAAAAAUCUUACGGAAGUGGUUUAUCGGGACAGUCAUACCUUCCCACAGGAAAUUCCUAUGGAACGACAUAUUCUGGAACGUAUGCAAACGGAAUUCGGGGAUCCGGAUAUGGAGUCUCUUCUUAUCCGCGUGUUGGAAUCGUAUUGCCACAGAACCUGGGAUACGGGUUUAUGGGUCAAGACAUGUAUUCACUCCUUGGAAAUGGGCUGUAUAAAAUGAUGGGCUUUGCACUUCCACAGAGAUACGGGCUUCAAAGUAUCUCCUACCUCCAUCCUCACGCUUUACUUCAGCCCUACCAAAACCUGUAUGGUUAUCCGAUCAAUCCUUUAUAUCAAUAUGGCGGCCACUAUAACGUGUAUCAAAUGUAUGGAUAUAACAGUCCACUGGGUGGAUAUGGAAACGGAUUAUGGGGAUACCAUCCGAUGCGGGCCCCCAUCUCUGGGGCUUUUGGGUCCGGUUUUAACUCUAUUUUUGGGUCCGGUGUUAACUCUAUGUUUGGAUAUAGGGAGCCAGGGUUAUUAGACCGAUUAGGAUUUCAUGGAAUUUCCAAAGACAUAGUGACAGUGGUAGGAGGAGCGCUUUUGUUUGCAGGUCUGCUGAAACUUGGAUAAAACAGAGGAUGUAUAGAAACUGUGAACCUGUGUAUAUUAUAUUGGCUUUAAUCUAUUGAGAAAUCGAUUUUACACACAGACAGUAUUUAAUACGAGAGAGAGAGAGAGAGAGAGAGAGAGAGAGAGAGAGAGAGAGAGAGAGAUUAAAAUUGAUUUGUAGCGAGUAUGUGUAUUUUGUAUUUUUUUUUUAAAUUUGAUUUUGAUAUACCAUAUUUAGUGUUUUGUGUCUUUUCUAUGUGUAUAUAAUCAUGAUAGACAAGAAUAAAUCCCUUUGAAAGCUAGCGGUUGUUCUUCGUCUUACAUGCGGUAUAUUGAACAUCUACAGUGUAUUUAACUUUUCAAUAACGCACAAAGAAUAAACAGCACUACCUUUGUUAAUCCGCUAUAAUUGUCAAUCUGUGUUAAUUCAUGAUAAUUCUAAUCUAAUUAACAUCAAUAAUCCAAUCGAAUUAAAAUUGGA